UUGUAUCGUUCGCUGUCGCAUCGGUAUCGGUAUCGGUCUGUGUACAAAAUAAUUCGACGGGGAAAAUAUUUUAUUUUAAUUCAAAUAUAACUACUGAAGGAUUAUUUACAAAUUAAAAUUAAAUGUAAUAAAUUAAGUAUGUGUACGUAAAGAUCUUAAUCUCAAAACUUGUCGCCGUACUAAAAACUAGGGUUCCUGGUGAACCAAUAUAGUAUCUAUAGUAUAUUAUCGUGUACAUGUGCAUAUAUCACAUUUUAAAGUACAUAAGUGUUGGUGGAUAUUGAAGUGUUAUACAUAUAUUAUAUGCAGAUUGUGAGAGUGUAUUAAAGAGAAAAAAGUGCGAUGUCAAAAAUAAUAAAUUUGUGGUUGGAAAUUGCAAGGAAAUAUGUAUUCUAAGUAAAUAAUGCAGGAAAUACAGUAAAUGGAAAAAUGUAAAAACAGCACAAACUAUGCAACCGAGGGCAGAUACAAUAACAGCGGUCCAUGUAUUAAAGAAAAGAAGUAAACUAUGAAACUCUUAUAAAUAUAUAAAUAAUGAAAAAUUACGUAGACAGGAGGAGAGAAGAUACAUGCAGAUGUGUAUUUGUAUGUAAAUAUCUAUGUAAAGGUGAACCAGUCGAGCAAGUAGGCAGACCGAUGGAGAUACCGAUGCGCUAAGUACGCCCGUGGGUACUGAGUGAUUGGAGUUUGUGACAAGAACAGUCGGUUUAGAAACUGCUCAAUCUGUAAAGUAUCCGUAAUGAUAACGGUGACCACGCGUACACCGCAUCGUUCGCCACAUAUUGCCUCAGAGUUUCCCUUUCCAAACUGCGCCAACAUCGCAUUCAUUCUCAACCAUAUUAUCCAUCUCCUCAUUAUCUGCCGUUCUUGCCACCUCCGCUCCAAACUACUCAAGCUUGUACUGUAAAUGUCGACAGCAAUAGCACAGUGACGAUAAUCGUCCAAAGUCAUCGCCGAAGUCGUCGCUCUCAUUUUUCUUAUGUUGUUGUUGCUACCUCGUAUUAAAGUGAUUACAGUUGUUAUUAUUAUUAUUUUUUUUUUUUUUGCUGGUUUGUUUGGUUGUCGUUGUCUUCAGCCAUCUAUGUAUAUGUACAUAAUAUAUAUACUCCAUAUGUACAAUUAGAUAUAUUCGCCUCCGCCGUCUUUCCCAAUAUCAUCGUAGUCAUCGUCGCCUCCGCCCGUUCGCAUAGCCUUACAUAUAUAUAGGUACAUAUAUACGUAUAGAUUUUUACAUACAUACAUAUGUAUUGGCCGUCUCGUCGGUGUCUGUUUACCGAAGGGAGCACCAUACUAGUGCGCCAACAGAGAGGUCUGUUGGAGACUCCUCAGUUGCUUUUCGACGUCUGAAUUGUGAGCGUGUAUCACUCUCGUCGGCUGCGACGUGACCUCCUCUAUCUGCAUUGGCACAAAUACAAAACGCAAAACUAAAACCCACACUUACAUACUAAUCCGCACGAGUAUAUCCAUAAAUGAUACAGUUUAUAUGUAUCAACAAAUGUUCAUACGUACAUUUAUAGUCGUUAAGCAAAGCAAAAUGGUAUUAUUGUGAUAAUUGUUUCCAUAACAUGCAAUUUUCUUGUGGAAAGUUAAUUCGCUUUCAAAUUUUCAGAAACAAAUGUGGUGACCUGCCGAAAUAAAGUGAAAAGUGCACAUACAUAUGUACCUUUACUCCAGCCAAAGCAUGUAAAGUAUAUUCAGCGAACGUGUGGAAGAUUUCUUUGGCAUAUAAAGGGACAUCCUCGUUAUUUUUAACAGCAGUUAAUAGCGACACAUCUAUUCGAUCUCAUGAUCUUUUGUUCGGUUUUUCCUGCUUUGCCUUCCUGAUAUGCACUAAACGCAGACUAAUUGUUGAUUCUAAAUAACAAAAAGAAACCUCACCGCCCUCACCGACAUCACGCGAGCAGCAAUAAGCAACAUCAAAUCAAAAACAACAGCAGCUAACGCAUUAUAAGAGUGUAACGCAUUUUCUGAUUUAUUGAUAAAUCGGUUGUUCGCCGUUCAGUCGCUCAGCAGUUCGUUCGAUGGUCUGUCACUGUGCUCAUAUCAUAAAUAUGCCUUCUUUAAAAAUAUAGCAACUCAUUUAUUGUUUGCGACGAUCGGCAAAUUUCGUAAAAUAAAGUGAACGUUGCUCGUUUUUCACAAAUUAGUAAUAACCAGAAUCCCACCACUUUGCUCUUCCAACAAAAAGCUGAAAUUGUUCACCGGUGGCGGGAGCAUACGGAGAAACAGCAAACAUCAGAUGAUUUGUUUAUUGGUCGGUAUAUUGGCACAUACGUAAAUUCCUACGCCACUUAUACGUCACCUCAAGUUCGUCGGCAAUCGACAGCUGGCGCACAGUCGUAUAAUACUGAAUCGUAGAACCGCAUUCAGACAUUGGAAGAAACAGAAAGUGCGAUGUAAAUAUUCAUACAGAGUACAUACCCUAUGUCGAGUCCAAGCUCAAAGUCAACUUAUCACUUACCCGACGAUUGUGGCAAUUUAGGAAAAUUAAUAUUAUUAAUGAAUUAACGCAUACCAAAACUUCAUACACAUAUAUUUUUAUAUUCAGUAUUCGUAAUAAUAACACAAACACAAACUCAAAAACAAAAACCAAAAGCAUUGACUUCGCGUUCUGUAAAAAAGGAAAGGAAGCUAUCGCCAACUACAUAGCACAUCAGUUACUUUCCAACACUAUUUAACAAAAACCAACAUUUCCUUUCCAUUCCUUCAUGGUUGGGACAACUACAUUCAAGUGAAUUAAAGCCAUACAUAUAUACACUCUGAACUCGGCCUUACAACGACUCUCAGUACUCUUACUAAUGCGAGACAGUCAGAGCACAUCGGUACGACCACAGCAUUGCUAAUGAGCAGUGUGGAGCAAGGUAAACAAACUGCAGCAAAAACUUAAAAAUGUACGCACACAAAUAGUAUUGAAGCAGGUCUAGCCAGCUUCCUCCCCCCGACAAGCCUUAAUAUUCGUUCACACAGUUGUAAAGUGGUUCGAUAGGAGGAACAAGAGCAGCAGUUGUCAGGCGAUAAGCCCAGCCAUUGAAAUACUAUAUCACUGAAGUUGUUCUUGGGAACUGGGGUGUAGGCGGCGACGGUGUUAAUAGUACAAAUAGCAAACGCACACGCAGCGAUGGCAGCCUCAACAUCGGAUAACUACAAAGUUCCCUCGACAAGUAAAAUUUCUGUAGAUAAACUGCUGCGAGUUGGCUAUUAUGAACUGGAGAAGACGAUUGGCAAAGGAAAUUUUGCAGUUGUGAAGUUGGCGUCGAAUAUUGUCACUAAAUCAAAGGUAGCGAUUAAAAUCAUUGAUAAGACUUGCCUUAAUCGGGAGUACCUAACCAAAACAUUCCGCGAAAUUUCCAUUUUAAAAUCAUUACGUCAUCCACAUAUUACCCGCCUCUAUGAGGUGAUGCAGUCAGAAACGAUGAUCUAUCUUGUCACCGAAUAUGCUUCAAACGGUGAGAUAUUCGAUCAUCUAGCAGAGAAUGGACCCAUGAAGGAGCUCGAAGCAGCGCGUGUAUUCACACAAUUAGUCUCUGCUGUGCAAUACUGUCAUUCUAUGGGUGUAGUGCAUCGAGAUCUCAAGGCGGAGAAUGUGCUACUCGAUAAGGAUAUGAACAUAAAGCUUGCCGAUUUUGGCUUCAGUAAUCGGUACGAAGAGGGCAGUCCAUUAACUACAUGGUGCGGUUCACCACCAUAUGCCGCACCUGAAGUUUUUCAAGGUCUGGAAUACGAUGGACCUAAAGCGGAUAUCUGGAGCCUGGGUGUCGUGCUAUAUGCUUUAGUGUGUGGUGCAUUACCUUUCAAUGGUGACACGCUACUAGAAUUAAAAGGACGGGUAGUUACUGGAAAGUUUCGCAUUCCCUACUUCAUGUCACGAGAUUGCGAGCACCUAUUACGUAAUAUGUUGGUAGUUGAGCCGGAUCGCCGAUAUACAUUGAAACAAAUUAUUAAACAUCGUUGGCUUAGCGAUUGGGCAGCGGAACUGAACGACAUCAGUGACAGCAUUGGGGGAUGUAGCAGUGGCACCAACGCCGCAGCAUAUACCCAACAGGCGGAAAGUAAUUCACUUGUUCAAGGCGACACCAACAUUAGUAUUCAUCCGCAUGGAUCCGUGGCUGUUGCUAAUCUGGAUACAGAGAUAAUGAGAAAUAUGCUGCAGUUGCCCGGACUGACUGCCGAUAUGAUUGCUGAAUCGGUGCAUAACCAACGAUUCGAUAAUAUAUAUGCCAUCUACAAUUUGCUUGCCGACAAACUGCAACAAAAGCGGCGUGAGCAUCAUAGGAUGCAACAUCAAGCCGUUUAUUCAAGAUUACGCAAAACCAGCAUUACUACGGGUGUUGUCGACCGUUCUGAACCGAUUAAGCAGGAAUCGAUUGAUCGCUUGAGUCCGCUGACCAACACAAAUGGGCUGCAAGGCGGCUUAGGCUUCCAAUGGACUAAUGUUGCGGUGGAUUUGGAGAAAUUUGGCGACUUUGAAUUGGAAUGUCUGGCGCGACCAAAUGAGCCACAUAAUCAAAAUCAUUUGUGUGCCAAUGCUAGUGGAAACGGUGGUAAUACACGGCGACACACUGUCGGACCUGGUGAUGUGGCACACGAGCAAGCACUUGCCAAUCCAAAUGUGCCACCAAUCAAUUUUAAAUGUUCUCCUGAAAAUAAGGAUGAGACUGGCCCAUACUUGCCAAUGAACUUGCCAAUGUUACAGAAUCAACCUUUGCACAAUUUAACUGUUAAGGAUCAGCAUCUUUUGAAACCUCCAAUGGUGAUGGGUGCAAGUUCAUUUGGACGUCGGGCAUCAGAUGGUGGUGCAAAUCUGCAUAUUUAUUAUCCCUCGACGGGGAGUAAUACACACCAAGUAACUGGGCAAACGCAACAGAUGGAAGGAAACACAUACUAUAUUAACCCGAAUGUAGCUAAUACGAGCGGUUUGACUGGGGCCUCCACCGAUAGACAUACAGUACACGGUAUGCGUGAGCAAACCCAUUUAUCUCAAUUGGGGGUGGGAGAUACUGUUAGCGAGGAGAACAGCGAGGAGAUACAAAAAUAUAUUCAAAUUCGUGGAAAACGACACACAGUCAGUUGCGCCGAAGACCUAUCAAUACAGCACCAUCCGGGCGAAACUUGUCCAGUUUGUGGUGUAUAUGAACCGCCUCUAGUGCCACAAAUUCCGACAAUCUUGUCAUCACAGUCGGGAACUGGCGGAACAAGUAGUGGUGGUGGAAUGCGCACGCGACGUACCGGUCUACUUACAGUUACGGAACGCCCGCCAGUUAUUAGUCCCGAACUCAUACGUGAAGUGGAAUCGCGUAUGAAUCGAAAUUACAUGCCACCUGCUUUGAAAAUGCAGCAACAUCAACCGCAUACACAUUCUCAUGGCGCACCGAAUCCCACACUCAGUCAAUCCCCUCCCACGACCAGCCUUAUGACUUACCAUACGUCGUCAAGUUCCAAUAUUUUGCCAGCACAGGCAUUGAGCAAUGCAGCUUUGGCGGGGCAACAAGGUCCUCCAAGCGCCACUGGAAAUAAUAGACGAGUCCAUUUCAAGUCCACAAAUAAACUUCCAACAGUUCAAGAAGUUGGCCGAUAUAGCCCAGUACGACGUGCUUCAGAAGGCUCUAAAACGCAAUUCCAAGGACCACUGCAAGAAUGUCAGUAUCUACAAAAGGUAUCGGCACAACGUAACUUUCUAAUCGCUCCAACACCACCACUUUCUGAGAACUCGAUUAGUUUGCCUGGUUCUCCUAUACACGGUAAACCUGCUCCAAAUAUGGUGUUCCGACGUGGUCAGGAUCUGGAAGUACCACCAGAAGCAGUGCGUGCUCUGAUGCCACAUCUGGAUCGCCUCGUCAAGGAGCACCGUCUCAGUACAGAAGUGGCAAACAAAAUUGUUUCUACUGGAAUUGUGCCUUUGGACUUGGCCUGUCAUUUGGGACUGACGGCACAUUCCGGGAAUGUUGCAGUGAGUGGUGGCCACCUAGAUAUGACGUCGCCUGGCAUGCAGCAUCAGGGUGCAAUGUAUAGUUUAAGUGUUUCGCCACUGUCUUUGCCAAAUAGCGCCAAUACAAGUGUUAUCGCCGCCGUGAGUGGACCACUAACUACUCAACAACCACCUUGCAGUCACAAUAUGGGCACAUACUCGAAACAAAUGUUAGGGAAAGGUCCGUAUCAACAGCAGCAUCAUUUUGGACUAGUGCAUCCACAAAUGCACCAUCCUAGUAAUGGUAUUGUGGGACAAUUCACUCACAUAACCCUUAGUCAGGGUGUGGUUGCAUCUCCGAGUGGUGGACACUUCAGUGGCUCAAAUAGCAGCAGUGGUUGUCAGUCACCAAUCUAUAGUAGCUUUAGUGGCUCUUCUUCGCCAAAUCCUUAUAUUCCAGGCACUGGACCAUUUAAUUCUAACUCCAUUAGUAGCAAUGGUGGUGGCGGAUCUUCGCCGCUUCAUCAAAUAACCAAAGGUAUUUCUGUGUUAUCUACGGGUGGAGGCGGUUCCAUCACCCGUGGCACAUCAGCUGCUAGUGAAAUUGCAUCAUCUGCUACGUCCAUAACUUCAGCUGCUACUGCUAUCAAUCAGCCCUUAGAUCUUUCCAUGGAUGUGUGUACAUCUGACCAUAAUACUGAGAUACCAAUCAAUACGUUUGCUCAGCAACAUGGGAAUUGGAUGGUACCACAGUUAUCUACCUUUGAUCUCAAACCUCUAAAUUUAUCCCCAGCGCAACCUUUACGAGUGGUACCUACGCCUCCCGCCUCUCCUAAUCUCUGUAUAAUACAAGAAGAGAAUGCAAAUGGACAGAUGUAUCAUACAAUUUCAACUGGGACACCACAUGUCGGUUGCACCGGUGGCCUUAUCAAUGAAGACAUAUCAACUUUUCAACCUUCUCAUCCACAAAUAUGUCUUACGGACGUGCAGGGUAGCGAAAUCACAUUAGUAGCAUUGAGUUCGGAAAAUAGUCGAGAUAGCGAUUGCGAUUCACUGGAACCACCCGCACCGCUGAUGUCUUUGCAAGGCCUCAUAAUAACAGAAUCCUCCAGUGAUAUGCCUUCGAUCACACGUGGUACCGGACGCAAAACUAGUUUGGAGUGUGCAGGUGAUAGCCCGUCAAUCCGUUUGGAAAGCGAUGCUGGUGCAACAAACAAUGUCAGCGAGUCGAAUCGCCGCGGAAGUGAUAAAUCCCUUGGCUUCUCGGACGAUUCAUUAAGUAAUGAUUCCAACAAUCUCUCACCAUGUCAAGAACCAUCUGCCAGUUCAGGCUUUAAAUCAGAAUCGCAUUCUGAAAUUGGCGAUCAAACGGAGGGACAUUUGUCUCCCGAUUCCAUUUGUGACUCUCGUCGUAUGUCCGAGGAAAUGUGUUACGAAGUUCCGUUACCACAUGAAUGCUCUAAUCUCGAUCCGACACGCAUACUGGAAUUAGUCAAACAAACCAUCGAUCAAACAAUGCCACCGAAAGGAGCAGUCCUUCACAAAGGGCUGUCUGAAGAGUAUAGUGGUGCAGCUGGUGCAUCGAGUACGAAUGCUGAGGCACGUAUAAGCAAUGCUUCGAAUACUACGAGUGAAUCAUCGGCAACCUCAAUGGACACUAACAGUAGCACCUCCGGCUGCUAUGGGAGCUUUGUCGGCAUCGGCAGCAGCACAAGUACAAAUCUCAGCUUAGAAUACUCCGGCGGUUUGCAAAUAGAGUUGCAAGUGUGCGAAGGUCGUAGCCGUGACAACCAAAUAGCUGGCAAAGGUAUCAAACUACGACGCAUCUCGGGGGACCAAUUCGAAUAUGGAAAAUUAUGUCAGCAACUCAUCAAUAAGCUGACCAUGCAACAGGUCGCUGGUUAAACAGGUUACAGCGGUAACAUCGCGACCAUGAUCCCCAAGUUCCUUAUACUUCCAUACAUAUGACGCAUUGUAAAAAGAGUGCAUGAAGUGUUAGUAACGUAGCAUUUACCAAAUAAAAGACAAAGACAUACAAAAGGAACCAACAUUCAUAUACUAAUAUCGUGAUAGAAGUAUCUUUAGUUGACAGAUACGAAAAAGCUUUGCCAAUAAAUUAAUUAUAAAGAAGUAAAUAUCGUGCAUAAAUAGACUCCUAACUCCACUUUUGUGUACAUAGACUUUUUGCGAUUAAAUAUGAUAACAUUUUUAAUAUUAUGAAUGCGGUACAAUUUUCAUCUAUUUGAAUAAUGUACAUAAAUAUUAGCUGUGUAUAUAUUUAAGAAUCGCCAUAAUUGAUCAAGUUUUAUUGAUGUUUGUAUCGUAAAUAAUACGAUCAUUUUGGCUUUUAGAGAACACAAACGUUAAUGUACAAGACGUGUAUGUGUGCAUAUUCGAAUAUGCAUUAUACAUAGUACAUAUAUGUAAUUAUUGUAUGUAGAUAGACAUGUGUGAAAGUUCGAAAUUAUUGCAAAAUGCACAUAAAAAAUCGUGUGUAUAAAUGCUAAGUGAAACUUCUCGUAAAUACAACUACAUUUUUAUGUACAUAUGUAGCAAGUAGGUAAAUAUAAUAUAACCAGAAAAAAUCAUGAAGCAUAUUAUGUGCAUAUGUAAGUGUUAAUGUAUCUGUAUACAUCCAUGUAUACAUGUAUAUGAUUACUAAAGUUAUAUCAGCUAAUUUUUUCGUCUUGUGCACUGCAAAAGUAGCCUUGUUAAACAAAUUUUAAAUAAAAAAAAAAUAAAUAUUUUUGUCAUUUGCUUAUGCAUAGAUAGUAAAAUAGUAUAACUAUUACUAUUUUAGUUAUGCAUUUGAAAUUCGUAUUAAAUAUUAAUAAAAAAUAUGUAUAGGUAUAAUGUAUAUUAACAAUUAAAAGCAUCGUUAAUUUCCAAGCAAUUUUAAUUUUUUUCGCUAAAAAUAAUAAAUCUACAAAUGUAGAUUAAUGAAAUUCCUCGCAAACAGGACAACAUUUCAUACAUAAGUACACACAAAUACAAAAUAUAUAUGUAUAUCCCAUUUGAACAUUUAAACACAUACAUGUAUGUAGCUCGAUUAAAGCAUUAAGAAGGGCAAAAUCCGCAGGAAUCUUUCGCAUAAAUUCAGCACGCCAAAUGAAGUACGCACCUAACAAAACGAAAUUUCAACUCCAAUAAAAUAAAUGUCUGCAUAUGCAU